CGCCUCUCUGGACACCCGGCUUCAGCAGCAAGCGGCUCCGGGCCUCAGGUCCGCGCAGGCAGCGCCCAGGCAUCGCCAGGGGAAGGAUUCCGACCCCGGGCUGCUGUCCGCCGAAGCAGCGCUGGAGCCUCAGCCUGCGGCGCACGGCCGGGAAGGCGCGGUGCCCAGAGCCCCCGAGGUCUUGGCGAGAUCUGCCUUCUGGAGACUCCACCCAUCCUAAGGGAAGAGCCCAGAAAGAAGCUAUGGCUAUUGGACAGAGGGAAGCAAGGCCUCGGGUGUCACUGACGUUCGAGGAUGUGGCUGUGCUCUUUACGCGGGAGGAGUGGAGAAAGCUGAGUCCUUCUCAGAGAAACUUGUACCAGGACGUGAUGCUGGAGAACUAUAGUAACCUGGUCUCAUUGGGACUCCUGUUUUCCAAACCAAAAGUGAUCUCCCUGUUGCAGCAAGGAGAAGAUCCCUGGAAGGUAGAGAAAGAAAGUCCUGGAGGCCCCUCUCUAGGAUAUAAGAGCAGUCCUAAAACUACAAAGUCAACUCAAACUCAAGAUUCAUUAUUUCAGGAGCUAAUAAGGAAAAGACUCAAAAGGGAUGAACCCUGGAAUUUCAUAACAGAAAAAUCCUGUGUAUAUGAAGACAGAUUAAAGAAACAAAAGGACAAAAAUGAAAGUUUACAAAUAAUUUCAAUCACCCAUACAAAACUCCUCACUGUAGAAAGAAGCCAUAAAAAUACUGACUUUGGCCAAAAUUUCAGCCUGAGAUCAGUCUUUGUGAAGCAACAGAGGGUCGCUAGAGAAAAAACACCCUCAAAAUAUGAAAUACAAAGAAAUAGCUUCAAGCAGAAUUCAAAUUUACUUAACCAACCAAAAAUCAAGAUAGCAGAGAAACACUAUAAAUGUAAUAUAUGUGAAAAAGCCUUCAUUCACAAUUCAUCCCUUCGUAAACAUCAGAAAAACCACACUGGAGAGAAAUUAUUUAAAUGUAAAGAAUGUUUGAAAGCCUUUAGCCAAAGUUCAGCUCUCAUUCAACAUCAAAGAACUCAUACUGGAGAGAAACCCUAUAUCUGUAAAGAAUGUGGGAAAGCUUUCAGCCAUAGUGCGUCCCUUUGUAAACACCUUAGAAUCCAUACUGUGGAGAAAUCCUAUAGAUGUAAAGAGUGUGGUAAAUCCUUCAGCAGGAGAUCUGGCCUUUUUAUACAUCAAAAAAUCCACGCUCGAGAAAAUCCCCAUAAAUAUAAUCCAGGUAGAAAGGCAUCUGGCCUUCCUGGAUGUCAGAGAAUUCACCUCAGAAAGAAGUCCUAUUUAUGCAAUGAAUGUGGCAACACCUUCAAGUCUAGUUCAUCCCUUCGUUAUCAUCAGAGGAUUCACACAGGAGAGAAACCUUUUAAGUGUAGUGAAUGUGGGAGAGCCUUCAGUCAGAGCGCAUCUCUUAUUCAGCAUGAAAGAAUUCACACUGGAGAAAAGCCCUAUCGAUGUAACGAAUGUGGAAAAGGUUUUACUUCAAUUUCCCGACUGAACAGACACCGAAUUAUUCAUACUGGUGAGAAACUGUACAAUUGUAAUGAAUGUGGUAAAGCCUUAAGUUCCCACUCGACGCUGAUCAUCCAUGAAAGAAUUCACACUGGAGAGAAACCGUGUAAAUGUAAAGUAUGUGGGAAAGCCUUCAGGCAGAGUUCAGCCCUCAUUCAACAUCAGAGAAUGCACACUGGAGAAAGACCCUAUAAAUGCAACGAGUGUGGGAAAACAUUCAGGUGUAACUCAUCCCUUAGUAACCACCAGAGAAUUCACACAGGAGAGAAACCAUAUCGAUGUCUGGAAUGUGGGAUAUCUUUUGGCCAAAGUGCAGCUCUUAUUCAACAUCAGAGGAUUCAUACAGGAGAAAAACCCUUUGAGUGUAACACAUGUGGGAAAACUUUCAGACAGAGCUCAUCACUUAUUGCCCAUCAAAGAAUUCAUACUGGAGAGAAACCCUAUGAAUGUAAUACAUGUGGGAAACUUUUCAGCCAGAGGUCAUCCCUUACUAAUCAUUACAAAAUCCACAUUGAAGAAGAUUCCUUGAAAGUAGAUUUGCAUGUGUGCAAGCCUUAAACCAAAGCUCAUCACAAGAUACAUAUUUGAGAUUGAUUUAAUAAAUGUAAUGAACAUGA